AUGGCGCCAAAGGCAGAGAAGAAGCCCGCCGAGAAGAAGCCAGCGGAGGAGAAGAAAACCCCCGCCGCUGAGAAAGCACCGGCAGAGAAGAAACCAAAGGCCGGAAAGAAACUGCCAAAGGAGGCCGGCGCUGCGGCCGGGGACAAGAAGAGGAAGAGAAACAAGAAGAGCGUCGAGACGUACAAGAUCUACAUCUUCAAGGUUUUGAAGCAGGUUCACCCCGACAUCGGUAUCUCCAGCAAAGCGAUGGGAAUCAUGAACAGUUUCAUCAACGAUAUUUUCGAGAAAUUGGCACAGGAGAGUUCCAAGCUCGCAAGGUACAACAAGAAGCCAACGAUCACAUCCAGGGAGAUCCAAACUGCUAAAGAUUCAGCGACGAAGUUCUGCCCCUGUAGAGCCCGACUCCUAGCUAAAAUCCCCUUGAAAUUGACCAUUUUGUGGCAAACUUACACAAUGGCAAAGAGACUUCUUGGAUCCCAGCUAUUCGUGAGCAGAUUGUCAUUUUACACUACACAUAAGGACUUGAAGAGGUUGUUUUCACCUUUUGGUGCAAUCACUGAAGCUAGACUUGUUGUGGAUUCAAGAACUCAGAGGCCUAAAGGGUUCGGUUUUGUUACAUUUGAAUCAGAUGUUGAUGCCCAAAAUGCAAUGAAAGCCAUGAAUGGGAAGAUUGUGAAUGGUGGAUUGAUUUUUGUUGAGGUUGCCAAGACUCAAACGCCCCAAGAUGAUAAUGACACUCAUAGAUAAUUAUUAUACAAAUGAUUAUCAAAAAUGUUACUUCUGAUGAUCAUGGUUGUUCUAUAAUUACCAGUUGUAUACCUGUUAUAAUCUGAAUUUUAGUAAUCUGAAAGAUAUGUAUAUUUCUUCCAUUUUUUGUUGUUUAAGGUAUUCGGCUUUAUAUAGACUCGUUUGAUCAAAAGCAUUACCCUUUUGAAUUAAUAUAAAUGAUG